AUGAAAUCUAUUAUUAACAAACGACGAUAUCCAUCUAGAUCGUAUCAUCAGUUAUCUGAUACACAAGAAGUUCAUAUUUUUUGUAAUCAUAACGAUAGCACAUUCUGUUCAGUUGCAUUACCACAAGCAUCUGUUGAUUCAAUUAAUAUUUUCCCAUUGACAUCAACGAAGAAAAAGACCACACGUAAUUCUUUCCCAGUUCCAGUUAAUAAUCGUAUUACGAGUAAUAUUCGUAAUCCAACAUGGUGGUUAUCAUUAAUAUUAUUACUUAUAUCCGUUGCUGUUGGUUUUCAACUUGGUCUAGUUUUUCUUUGUAACAUAAAACGAUGCAUAACUGAUGAUUUAUCUUUCGAACAAGAUUCCGAUGGUUUAUAUGAUAGUAAUCGAGCAAAUUCAUCACUUAUUUCAUCAAUUAAUUUACCUCGUGUAUUACAAAAGAAACAAUUAAUUCUUGUUGCUAUUAUGACAAGUAAAGAUUUUUUAACAACACGUGCACCAACUGUUAUGCGUACAUGGGCAGGAAAUGUACCUGGACAAGUUAUAUUUUUUUCAAGUGAAGGUUCAACAACAAAUGAUUCAAAUAUUAAUCUUGUUAGUUUACCAUCAGUUACAGAUACAUAUCCACCACAAAAGAAAUCAUUUCUUAUGAUGAAAUAUAUUUAUGAUCAUUAUUUAAAUAAAUUUGAAUGGUUUAUGCGUGUUGAUGAUGAUGUUUAUAUAAGAACAGAUAAUUUAGAACGAUUACUUCGUUCUAUUGAUAAUCGUAAACCAUACUACAUCGGACAACCAGGUAUGGGAACAAAAGAAGAAUUUGGUAAAUUAGCGUUAGGUGAAAAUGAAAAUUUCUGUAUGGGUGGACCUGGUAUAAUAUUAUCCCGUGAAACUUUAGCUCGAUUUACUCCACAUAUAAAAACAUGUUUAAAAAAUUUUUAUACUUAUCAUGAAGACGUUGAACUUGGUCGAUGUGUACAUAAAUAUGCAAACACAUCAUGUACAUGGUCUUAUGAAAUGCAACAUAUUUUAUAUAAUCAUCCAAAUAAAACCGAAGGUUAUAAAGCACGAAAUUUAGUAUCAACAGAUAUUUUACGUGCAGUUAGUCUUCAUUCAAUAAAAGAUAUACGUGUAUUUACACGUGUACAUAAUUUUGCUUUACAACGACGAAUUAUUGAACUUGAACAACGUAAUAUGUUACUGCUUCGACAAAUAAAUGUUUAUGAUAAAAUUCUUAAUAUAGAAAAUCAAAUAAAGUUACUAAUAAAAAAACUUUUUAAAUUAAUACAAAAAACUAAAAAUGAACAUAUGCAAAAGAAAUUAAAACAAAUGUAUAAACAAUUCAAUAUGCCUGAUCAACAUAUUGCUGAACAAUUGAUAACAUUAUAUAAUAAUACAUACCGAUUAUUUAAAAUUGACGGUGAUGAACAAUUGACUACAGAUCAUCUAUUAUGGAAUGCUAUACGAGUAUAUUUUAAUGAAUCUCUUCCAUCAUCAAAUGAUUUAAAUUUUUCCUUUUUAUUCGAUUCAAUUCAAUCAAUGUCUAACAAUUAUACACAUAUGAAAACAUCUUUAAAAGAAAAACGUAGUCCUGGCAUUUAUGCAUUAUUUACUGCUAGUCAAUAUUCAGCUAAUACAGAAUUACCUGUACGAUCAAUUGAACCAGCAUAUAAACAAUGUUUUGAUGAAGUUGUUCGAACAUAUAUGGAAGCAGUUAAUAAAAUUUCAAGAAAUAUGGGUCGAUUUUUAGAAUAUAAAAAAACUUUAUAUGGUUAUUACAAAUAUGAGCCAAGACAUGGAAUGAAUUAUAUUUUAGAUUUAUAUCUUAUCUAUCGAAAAUAUAUGGGUAGAAAAAUGUCGGUACCCGUACGGAAACGUGUUUAUGUCGUACAAAAAUUUCGUCCACUAUAUUUUCGUGAGCUUCCUUCAUCAUAUUCAAGUGCAAUAUUACCUCCUCUGGGAGGUAGCUCUCCUGAUUUUGUUAAUUCUGUUUUACCGGUGAUUACUAAUACGAAUACGACUAUAAUUUUACCUUCUGCACCUGUGCCUAUUCAUAUGAUUGUGCCUGUUAGUGGACGUCUACCUACUCUCAAACGAUUAUUAACAAAUUUUGAUCAUAUCGUGAUGCGUUCUAAUGAUCCUGAUCUUCUUAAUGUACAUCUUUAUGUAAUCUUAAUGGAAACAGCAGAAGAUAGUGGUGAACGUAUGUCAACACUAGCUGAUUAUAUAAAAAAAUUUAUUCAAAAAUAUCAAUCAUCACGUAUACAUUUAGUUGAAGUUACAAAUGGAAAUUUUACACGAGGUUAUGCACGUUCAUAUGGUGCAUCUCGUUUUAAUGAUACAGAUCUUUUAUUUUUUAUUGAUCUUGAUAUGGUUUUUACUCGUGAUUUAUUUCCACGUAUACGUCAUCAUACAAUAUUUAAUAAACAAGUUUAUUUUCCAAUUAUAUUUAGUCAAUAUGAUCCAAGUUAUUGGGAAACAACACAGACUUCAUUCAAUUUUUCUUCAUUUAAUCUUCGUGAUGAUAUUGGUUAUUGGCGCCUAUAUGGCUUUGGUAUGCUCGGAAUAUAUAAAGUCGAUCUAGGACAAAUCGGUAGUUGGAAUAUUGAAAUAAGUGGAUGGGGAAAAGAAGAUGUAGAAAUUUAUGAUAAAUUAGUACAAUGUCCAACUUUAAAUGUUUUUCGAACAAUUGACAACAGUUUAAUGCAUAUAUUUCAUACAAAAGAAUGUUCACCAACAUUACGUGAUGAUCAAAUGAAUAUGUGUAAAGGAACUAAAUCGAUUACAUUAGGAUCACAACGUAUAUUAGUACGAUAUGUUCAAAAACUGAUUGAGCUCAAUAAAAUCUGA